UACAGUAACGGCAUCACUUUCAACGAGAAGACAACGUUUGCUCCUCUCCUAUAGUUUUCACCGCCUUCGAACCAUCGCCUCGGGCUACAGAGGUAACUCCUAGCCCGGAAGAUGUCGACCCCAGCUGUUUUUAGUGCCUUGUGGUUGCUGCUAUGUGGCACGGCCAUCCUUGUGUCCUCCGAAUGCGACUACAAGAACUCAAAACACACAAUGUGCAAAUACAAGGAAAAGGCAUGCCCUGGCAAGAUUCUCAUCCGAUCUGGUGGGAUACCCAGUGAGGAUCGUGAGUUGAUCGUGGACCUACAUAACAUGGUGCGUAGCUGGGUUGCCAGUGGAAAUCAAAAAGGGCUUCCUCCGGCGGUCAACAUGAUGACACUCAAAUGGGACGAGGAACUAGCGAAAGUUGCACAGAGAUGGGCGGACCAGUGCCUCAGCAGGAGCGACAAGGAUCGCAGUGAUGAGCGAUUUCGAGUGGGACAGAACGUUGGCUCUACGUGGUCGUACCAUGAAGAAGACAGUCUUCUUGCCGAUCCAGACUGGGAGACGCAAAUCCUCGCAUGGUACCGGGAGUGCGCCAAGACCAACUUCAAGGCUAACAACAUCAAUCCCUUCAGAUACAGCGUUAACUGGGGACACUUCACACAGAUGAUAUGGGCUGAAACAAGGAUGGUUGGCUGUGGUUAUUCCUAUUACUACCAGAAGAAUAAAGGCUUCACGAAGCUUUACAUAUGCAACUAUGGACCUGGUGGGAACAUUAUCGGUGGAAGAAUGUACCGCAAGUCAUCCAGAGUUGCUUGCAAGGACGGAUUUCGGCAGGCUAUGAACAGCUACCUUGGACUAUGUGAAAACGACGCUCCGCAUGACGAGUCCAGCUCACCCUAGGAUGGCCGAACGCGGCGCCCCUCACAUUACGGCAACGGCAAAUGAGCGUGGCAGCUGAACGAAAUGUGGAUCUUCAUCGGUAGGGUGUCUCUAUAGCCCAGUUGUUAGAAUAAGAAGUGCCAUCAUAUGACAGAAUGAUUUUCCGGAAGCUGGCUUCAACGGAAAUCGCCAUAACAGAAUCCUUCUUGCUCCAGAGCCCACGUCUCCAUCUUAUUUAAAAUCCAAGGAAUUGCUCCAGAGUUUCUCUUCUGUUUGCAAUAUGCACUUGGCAUCUGCUAAUACACUCUAAAAGGAGAUCUUCUCCGCUCACAUAACACGGUCCUAGGCAGCCAUAGACAUCGUUCCUGAAUGAUAUCGUACUCUCCUCUGAUUCUUUUUCUUUUCUUUUCGCGGGAGGCACAUGUCUUGCUGUGACACUUAGGUUGAUCGUCGCAAAAGGGCGUAUGCCCCGCAUGCCCCGCGCUUUCAAAAAAAAAAAAAAUCAGGAGUAACGCGCUUAGCAUUCUGCGCAGUAGUUUGCCUUUGGCGUGUUACGUGGUCAAGUUCUGUUCCAAGAGUGCAGUUCCUUGUGGACCAUUGUGGACCAUCCAGAGUGGAUCUUUCAUUGACGAGAGGUGACUGAACACUUGGGCUGUAAAAACAUCAAAUUAUGCGAAAACUUGAUGAACAGUAUCGUCAGCAGGCACCUCCUCUAGUGGACGCAAAAGAAACGUACAAGUGGACGUAACGUAUCAAAACUGAAGUGAACAGCAGUGGACAUGUGUUCCGGCACAUGACUGUGUACGCCCCCACUAGGUCCCACCUGUAUUUUACUUCUGGAACGCAAUGUAUUAAAAUGAACGUAAGAAACGACAUUUGUUGGGGUUGUAUUUAUGCCUGCCAAAUCCUUCCUUCAGUUUUCUAUUCAUGAACUAAGGCGUCUUUACAAACGUCUUGAUGCAGUUUCAAGCACUCGCAAACAAGAGAAACAGAACGUAAACUAUCAAGUGACAUCCUCACCAAGAACCAUUAUCCUGUCGAUUUCAUAAAAAGUACCUUCUAUGAUGUCUAGUGUUCAUGAGAAGGAUCCCACUCCUGAUAACAUUGUGUGCAUUCCAUAUGUUCGGGGCCUAUGGGAAGCUGUGCGAAGAAUUUUGAAACCGCUAGGCACACAGACAGCAUUUAAACCCAUCAGAAUGCUGUAUAGCAUUUUGUGCUACCCCAAAUAUUCUGUGCCGGACAUGGAAGAAUCUGGCUCUGUAUACAGGUUGGAAUGUGAACAAUGUAGUGCCUGUCACGUUGAAGAAACUGGACGAAAGAAGGCCAGGAGACUGAAAGAACAUCAACAACACAUAUCAAAACCAGAGGCAGUGAAUCACCGCACAGAUCUUAUCGAGCACGUGUUAAGAACAGGUCAUUCUUUCGACUUUCACAAUGCAAAGACCGUGGCACACGAGCGUAGAUGGGGGGGAUUUUUUGGAAUCUUUGCAUACUCGCCGUGAUGAUAACGCAUGUA